CUGGAAUCCACUUUCUCAUCAACUUUUCAUCUUUUCACCUUUUCGACAUUGACUUUGUCCCCCACAGUCUGACUCUAUAUUAGUGUCCUGACUUUUCACAGAUACCCCUUUAUUAUCGUUUGAUUCUGCUUCAUAUCACAUCAGAUACCCCCACUUUUCCUCGGGAAAUCAAAAGUUAAGAAAUUUGCUUUGCCACUUUACGAGACGAUCACGUAAACCAUCAUGUCUACCACGGCUCAAAUGAACGGACAUGCUCCUACGCCUGCUGCAGCGCCAAACUCUUCUUUGCCCAAUGGGGAGACUUCGAAAAUACAGGCCAGUGACGUUGGGUUUCAGUUUGUGCCUCAAUACUACGCUUUCGUGAAUAAGCAUCCUGGUCGACUCCACUGCUUCUAUAACAAACGAUCAUCCUUUUCACAUGGUGUAUCUGGUGAAGAUGCCCCUAUCGCCCGUGGUCAGAUUGAAAUCCAUGAAAGAAUCGCCGCUCUCAACUUCAACCAAUGCAAAGUCUUUGUCAACUCAAUCGACUCUCAAUCUUCCGCCAAUGGUGGUGUCGUUAUCCUCGUCAUCGGUGAAAUGUCAAACGGUGACGGUGCCCCGUGGCGCAAAUUCGUACAGACAUUCUUCCUCGCUGAACAACCAAAUGGAUAUUUCGUGCUUAAUGACAUUUUCCGAUACCUCAAGGAAGAUGAUGAGGAAGAGGUCGAGGAGCAAGCCGGUGUGGAGCAGCAAGGUCCUCUGGAGAUCACUGUCCCCUCCGCUAUCCCCGAAAAAAUCGCUGAGCCGGUGAAAGAGGUCACUCAGGAAACCGCUGUCGAGCCCGCGCCCGAGCCUGCCCCCAACAACGAGCCUGCUCCUACUCAAGGUGCGGGCGUACCUGAGGAGGCUAUAGUCGCCGCCGUUCCAGACAAAGAUGUCAGCCCCGCCGACCCUCCGAUCAUUCACGAACCCGAAACGGCCUCUUCCACAACCCCAGACGCUCCCAUCGAAUCUACUCCUUCUAUCGCCCCCGCUCCAUCCGUCCGUGCUCCUUCCCCAGCUGCUCCCGCCGUCGCUCCUAUUGCCAAUGGCAACACUGCUCCUGCCCCCGCCACCGCUACCGCUCCCACUGCCUCUUCUGCUCCUGUCCCUGCUGCCGCCCCGACACCAGCUGCUCCUGCAAAACCUGCUGCGCCCAAGACGUGGGCGUCCAUGGCUGCUGCUGGAUCUGGGAAACCCGCUUGGGGAGCGGUCGCUGCUACUGCAUCUCAACCAGUCACGACCACCGCCGCACCCGCCGCGGCCCCCGCUCCUAAACCAGCUGAUCAGGCUGCUCCGGCCGCGGCUGCGGGCUCUUCUUCUGCAUCUCAGGGACGACAUUCAUCCAACGACAACGUUAUGAAGAUCACGACGAAUCAAUGUUUUGUCAAACUUCCCAAUUGGUCCAUUGACAAUCCUACUGGAGGUGACUCUGUCGACGAGACUACUGUCCGAAAUAUCGCUGCGAGAUUUGGUGAAGUGAAGAAAGUCGAGAUUGUCAAACAUAAAGCGUGUGCCUUUGUCGAGUUUGCCACUGUGGACGCUGCCCGUAAAGCCAUCACUGCCUCUCUUCCUGCUAAUCAGGGAGGUGAAGGUGGAGUGAAAUUCAGCGAUGGGAAACUCAACUUUGAGACUCGUAAAGAGAAAGAUGAGCGUCGACCCAAGGGUACCCGCGGCGGUGCUCCCGAUGGGCGUGGGCCAACCCGUGGUGGAUCACGUAUGGGAGGGAACAGAGAGGGAGAGGUAAACGGUCAUAGCGGUGGAGGUGGUGGAGGCGGUGGUGGAGGUGGUCAUAAUGCUACCAAUGGCGGUGGUGGAGGUGGAUCGAACAGAGGUAGGGGACGUGCGAGAGUAGGCGGACCAGGAGAGGGUAGGCCUCAACAGCAGGCUAAAUGACAUGUCGCUUCUUCGUUUGAUAGUGUGAGAGUGUGAUUAUAUCCAUUUUUUUCCCGUCAAUGAUGGCCAGCUUGUAUAUAGCAUGAGGAGAGCAUGGCAUGAGAUCGUGGGAUGCAUCGAGUACAAUACAUGUUU